AUGAAAAGUAAUUAAAAGAGAUGGUGUGUGCAUGAAUCGAGCCUCUAAAGGUGUCCUUAGGAUCGCGUACAAUUCUUCACGUGCCUUCUCUGCGUGAGUAAUGAUUCGAGGUAAUCAGUAAGAACGUUGAAUCUCACUAGAUCUCUACACUAAUACGGUACUCGUGGAUCGUCUCUUGUUUCCUAUAUUUAUCUCUGUCUCGAUACCAUUGAAACUUUCAUUAGAUAUGGAAACGAAACAUUGAUCAAUCAUCAAACAGCAGUUAUUUAUUUAAUGUAAAAAAAAGUGUCUCGCAGAACGGGAUUCGGAGGUAAGUUAUAAUUGCUCUACAACUUUUAGUCCAACUGAAAGUCUAGCUCUGUUUCAACAGAUUUUAACUAAACUAGCUCUUAUCGACAGAUUUCCAAGUUAAGCUUAAAGCCCCGGAGCACGGGAACGAUUGGAGCAAUUGGUUCCCCGGUCGGAGUCGUAACCGCGAUGCAGAGGUGUCGUAACAGCGACCUAAGAGCAGCUAUGUACGAGUUGAGAAGGGAAGGGAAAAUGAAGGAAGGUGAGUGUAGGCUUCGUUUAUAUGCCUGAGGAUCAAAGUUGCAUACAUAGACGUCGAACAAAAAUAUCGGUGAAAACAAAAUUGUCGAAGUGCUGUAUAAAUCCGUAAGACGCACGAUUCUUUAUAAAACAUAAUAAUUUCUAGUCUGGAAAAGUGUCUAA